AUGCAUAUACUGCAGGCGAUCGGCCAUUUAUGCCACGAUGAGCCGAGAGAGACGAGCAAGUUGAAGAGCGAGCAAGAGGGUAUUUUAUUUGGCAAUGGGGCUGCAGGCGAUACCAAUACCUUCGCUCAAAAUCUGAUGGGCCCACCUCUUGAUGGGUCAGGCCCGGAGCAGCAGCUAUUGGGUAAUAUGAGCUCGGAUCUGAAUAUGGGGCUUCCGUCGGGCUCUGUUGGACAGAGUAUGCCACCAUUGCCUCAGACAACAGAGCCACUAAGCGAGCCCCCGAGUUUUGAUGACCAAGCCCACUCUUUCAUGAACUAUGGAAACUGGGGAUUGAGAAAUCAAGGCGACGUGAAUACUCUAUACCCGCACUACAUGUUCAACGCCCCAGACAUUGGAAGCGAAUACAGCGCGCUCAACAAUUUUCUAAAUACGAGUCUUUUGGAUGAGGGGUCAUUGUUUCCAGUAGAUGAAGUGCAGUAUGCUUCUGAACAGCCCUUGGGCAAUCAACUUCAGACUUCUGACAAUGGUAACAAUGAGGGUCCUGCCGAAGUAAGACAGGUCUCGCAAGCUGAAGACUCUGCUCAGCCUUACCCAGCACUUCGUGGAUCAAUAUCUCGCCCGAAGAGUACGAAACCACCCGAUAAAGAAGAUGAGAAAUUCUAUAUGAAUAUCGCUGAUCCAUCCGGUAACGAAAAGCCCGAGGAACGAAUGAAAAGGCUUCUUGAAGCGAAGAUAGCCGCGGGCCUCUUGAGACCUUUCAAUUACAUCCAGGGUUACGCGCGCCUUAAUGCUUACCUUGAGAACCACAUGCAACCAGCUUUGAGGCAAAGAAUGAUGCGGCAGAUCGAUAAGUUCCGGCCCAAGUUUCGCGACAAGAUGAAAUUUUUGACGGACAGAGAGCUCACUAUGGUUGAGAUGUGGUUCGAGAGGACUUUGAUGGAGUACGAUCGAGUCUUCGCUAGCAUGGCAAUCCCAGCAUGCUGUUGGCGAAGGACUGGCGAGAUCUUCCGAGGCAAUAAGGAAAUGGCUGAGCUUAUCCACGUACCAGUUGAUAAGCUGAGAGAUGUGCGUACCUCAUGA